GCCGCGACCCCGGAAGCGGGGCCCCAAGAUGGCGCUGGUCGAAGGCAUCGGGGACGAGGUGACGGCGCUGGCGGCGCUGGUGGCGGCGCUGGGGCUGCUGGGCCUGGCCUGGUUCUCCACGCGGACCGGGGAGCGCGGGGAGGCCGCCCUCCCGGAGGGGAGCCCCACCCGACGGGAGGCCCCGCCCCGCCCGGACCGGCGGCAAGAGGCGGAGGAGGAGGAAGAAGAGGAGGACGGAGGGGAAGAGGAGGAGGAGGAGGAGGAAGGCCCGGCGGGCUCCCCCUUCGUGCUCCGGCUCAAGUUCCUCAACGAGACGGAGCGGCUGGCCCGGGUGCGGCCCAGGGACACGGUGGGCGGCCUCAAGAG